CUCCUGGCUCCUCAUGAUGAUUGUUUUUCCCGCGUCGCCGCCACGCCUUAUUGCUUUGCCUAAUCAGUAGAGACCAAUCAGGGUUUGGCCGGACGACGGAGACGAAGAGGAGCUUUGGUGGCAGUAGCAGGUUCCCAACUUCCAACCUCCGAAUCCGGCCGAAAGGGAUUCCAGAGAGAGAUCAGAGGAAGCCCAACAGCGGCGCCGGCCGGCCGGCCGACGUGCUCAAGGCCGAGCAGCGGCGCCGGCGUGGAGCCGCCGGAGCAUUGUGGGGAGGCGCGCGCCGCCGCCGCCGUGGCUCCACCGCGUAUGCCUGCUUGCUGAUCGUGCGAGGUCGACGACGUCUUGACGAUGAUGGGGGAGCGGGCGCCGGACCGGAGGAGGCUGUACCAGGUUUGGAAAGGAAGCAAUAAAUUCCUCUUUGGCGGGCGGCUGAUUUUCGGUCCGGACGCGGGCUCCCUCUUCCUAUCCACUGUCUUGAUAGCGAGCCCGUUGGCCGGCCUGUGCUUCCAGUGCGUCACCAAGCUCAACUCCGGCAGCUCAGAGCUCAGGCAACCACUCGGCCUGCCGGUCCUUUUCGCCACCAUCCUUCUUGGGCUAUUGGAUCUGGCGUUCCUGUUCCUGACAUCGAGCAGGGACCCCGGGAUCGUGCCGAGGAACGCGCGCCCGCCGGAGCAGGAGGAGCGCGACGGGGACGACGACGGCAACCCCGCCGGCGUCGCCGAUGACGACGACGUCGUCACGGCGUCCAACGAGUGGGUGGUGACGAGCGCCGCGAACCACCACCCGCACCUCCGGCUGCCGCGCACCAGGGACGUGGCCGUCGCCGGCGGCCACGUCGUCCGGGUGAAGUACUGCGACACGUGCCUGCUGUACCGGCCGCCGCGGGCGUCGCACUGCUCCAUCUGCAACAACUGCGUCCAGAAGUUCGACCACCACUGCCCCUGGGUCGGCCAGUGCGUCGGCCUGCGAAACUACCGCUUCUUCUUCCUCUUCAUCUCGACGUCCACGUUCCUGUGCCUCUACGUCUUCGUGCUGUCCUGGCUCAACAUCGCCGCGCAGAGGCCCAGCCACGGCGGGUCGCUGCUGAGGUCCAUGACCGGCGAGCCGCUGUCCCUCGUGCUCGUCGUCUACACCUUCGUCGUCGCCUGGUUCGUCGGCGGCCUCACCGUCUUCCACAUCUACCUCAUGAGCACCAACCAGACGACGUACGAGAACUUCAGGUACCGGUACGACGAGAAGGAGAACCCGUACAACAGGGGCGUGCUGGCCAACAUGUCCGAGGUGUUCUGCACCGGGAUGCCGCCGUCGAUGAACAAUUUCAGGGCAUGGGUGGAGCUGCCGGCACCGUCACCGCCGGAGGCGUUCGACGGCGGCGGCGGCGGCGGGCCGAGGAACAAGAUCGACCUGGAGAUGGGGUACAAGGGCGGCGGCGUGCAACUCCCUGCUGGUGUUCCAGCCAUCUUGCAGGGGCUGCAUAAUUACGCUGAAAUGGAGAAGAACAGUGCCAGCUUCCACAUCAAGGACCGGCAAUCCGCGGAGGCGCCGGACCCCUUCAUGAUCCCGGAGGAGCUGCCAAUGCCAUACGCUGGGGCAGGAGGAGCUUCGUCUCCGACUGUGUUUGUAAAUGACGUCGACGGAGUCGAAUGAAGCGAUGAGCAGCUGGAUCAACUGUGGUUACGCAAUGAUGCACUUGCAAAUACAUUUUUGGACAAUCUUGGAACUCGAGACGAAGUUAAACAUCGUGAUCGUUUAUGACCUUGCUAAUACGUUGAAAUAGGUGAAUUCUCCGCAUGUUGCUGCGUAAACUUAAGGUGUAAUUAUAGGAGAAUGGAUCAUAUAUUUAUGUUGUAUAUAUGUUGAAACUGUUUGGUUGCUUCAGUGUCAGAACCUCCAAUUUAGUUUCUUUGUAAGAGAGUAGCUAAUUCGUUAUCAUGAUGGUAUUUAGUCACCAUAGAUUGCGAUAGUGUCAUUUAUCUUUGGAGAAACGAAGAGAUAUACUUUCAACC